AUGGACUUACUAGGGGACAUUGUUGAAAAAAACGUGGCAGCACCAUGCGGUGUGAGUUCUGCGCCUACAAGUGGGUUUCCGGAGCUAUAUGAGCCAGAGAAAGUGUCAUCUUGGAAGACAAGACUACAUAAGAAAAGACAAAGUAGCAAAUUCAAAGCUGCCACCACCAACGCAGAUACUUUGAAACCCAAGUUAGAUAUUAAGGAGCCAGAAACCGAAGCUGAUCGGAUAAAUCAUGAAAAUUUGGCCCGAAUGCAACAGAUGUCCGCCCAACAACUGGAACAAGAAAAACGAGACAUCUUGGAGUCUUUGGAUCCGAAAGUAGUACAGGGACUCAUGAAGAGGCUAUCCAAGCGGGAACCACGGGAUGGUUCGGGAAAUUUGGAGGACUCAUUUAGGUCAGCGCCUCUUUUUGCGGAAGUAGAGGGCGCACCUGGGACCUGGAUUGGUGGAUCUCACGAGUUUCCUGACCUACCGCGCCUCGACGACGACGCAGUUAACAAGGCCUUAGGUAUCAAGGAAAUAACUGCAAAACAUGUCAAGUUUGAGGGCGUAGAUCACGAAUCAUCAGAUGACAACCCAAGCGACUAUUCGAAGCCUUUGCCAGACGAUGACGAUAUAGCUCCUCAGGAGUAUCAGUUUGUGCAGCAGAUGGAUCACAUGAAAAACGAGGACCUUCUGAACGACGUGCAUUUUAUGAAGCCUGUAAAAGAUCAGAAGCCAGAGUUUGAACCUUUGGAUAUAAAUGAUCCAGCGUUCGACUCCAAACUGCACGAAAAGUAUUUUCCUGAUCUACCGAAAGAGACAGACAAACUGGCGUGGAUGAAGCCGGCCACUAAGAGUGUUUCAAAUGAGAUUGUACAAGAUGUGGCCCAAUGUAGGUUUGAUUUCAAAGGUAAUUUAGUACCACCCAAUCGUGAGUUCAAAACCACAAAAGAUGGACUACAUCAUCAUGCCGAGGACCCUGAACUUGCUGGUUACACGAUUGGCGAGCUACAGCAUUUGUCGCGAUCGACAUUUCCACCACAAAGGUGCAUAGCAAUACAAACAUUGGGUAGGAUACUCUACAAACUGGGGAAGCAAAGUUACGCGCAAUUGAUACCGGAGGUCGACGCAGAAACUUACGAAGAAAUGGGAGGUACGAGUGCGAUUUUAAACCACAUCUACGGAAUGUUUUGGGACUUGUGCAAGUCCCACCUUGUCAUUGAAUCACUAACCGAGGCAGCAGAUGGUGCCAAAACUCAAAACCUCUCAGUUCAAAAUUACGCUAUCGAUGCCCUCUGGUUAUGGAAGGAAGGCGGAGGAGAUUUCAGAAAGGAAGUGAAACAAACUAAGUAA